CUGCGAGGCGAUAUAAUGCGAGGAAUGCAGGAGACAGCAGAACAUUCAGCAUCAUUACGGAUCAGUACAGUCAGUGCAUCCUGCUACAGUUACAGACUCAGGAAAACAGGGAGACCUUCUGCGGCGUUCCACUCCCACCUGAUACAUUGUAACCCGCUCUAUCCACCGAUUCUCCCCCAAGACUUCCCAAUGCAGGCUGAAACUACAACAUCGCUCACACUCGCUGCCUCUUGGUAAAUCCCGAUGCACACGGGAGAAAUCGCUCCUGCUGCCGCUCCCAGUGUGAUGGUUUUUAGGAGACCCAGGGCAAUACAGUUACAAUGGGAAAUAAACAAACAAUUUUUACAGAUGAACAACUAGAUGCCUAUCAGGAUUGUUCUUUCUUCACAAGGAAAGAAAUUCUUAGAUUGCAUGCGAGAUUUUAUGAGCUGGCUCCAAAUAUGGUACCUAUGGACUAUACAAAUGAUCCAGAUGUCAAAGUGCCCAUGCAGUUAAUUAUUAAUAUGCCAGAGCUGAUGGAAAAUCCUUUCAAGGAGAGAAUUGUGCAAGCCUUCUCAGAGGAUGGAGAAGGAAACCUCAGUUUCAACGACUUUGUUGACAUGUUGUCGGUGAUGAGUGAGAUGGCACCUCGGGAGCUCAAAGCAAUCUAUGCUUUCAAGAUCUACGAUUUCAACACCGACAACUUCAUCUGUAAAUCAGAUCUGGAGAAAACACUCAAUAAGUUGACACGAGAAGAACUGGAGGAGGAGGAAGUGACUCUCGUGUGUGAGAAGGUUAUUGAGGAGGCAGAUAUGGAUGGAGAUGGAAAACUGGCGUUUUCAGAUUUCGAGAACAUGAUUUCAAAAGCGCCGGACUUUCUCAGUACUUUCCAUAUAAGGAUAUGAAGCUGUUGUAAUUUCAAAGUUCUGAUUGUCAAGGACUGCUCAAUCUCAGGCAUCCAAUGGCCUCCAGCCUCAAAAAACAAACAUGCAAAAAACAGCUCAUCACCUGUGGAUGGAACCUGUGAUUUGACAUCUUACCGAAACGAAAUGAUGCAUUUUCCCGAAUUUUUUUAUAUGUAUAUGACUUUUAAAAUUUUCAUUAAAGCAAAAAAUUAAAUGAACAAAAAGAGGACUACAACUGUUUUUUCAGAAGUUGAGAAAGAGAGAGAAAUAAGAGGCCUUAGGUGUGUUGUAAAGAACAUAUACUUUGAUUUGUACAAACAUAGAUCAAUGGCACAUUUUACACCCAUGUGCCGUCUACCUGUGUAUUCUAAAAAAGUGAUACACGAAAAGAGAAAAUAUUUACCUUUUCAGCAUUGUCUUUAAUAUCCAUUUUUAUUUUUAAAUUCAAAAUAUGCGCAAUGGCAUUUUUCACUUUAGACAUGUCUGGAACAAAACAUAUGGAAUAUAUAUACGGUAUAUGAAUAAUAAUUUUUAGUAAGGGCUCGGGCCUAACAUGGAGGGACAAAUGUGAAAUCCGUUGCAGGAAAAUACAACAAUAGCUGCCAUUUUGUAACAUGUCUCAGGAGCAAGUUACGAUAAAAUGGAUGAAACGGGGCGGACAUAAUGUAAGAGAAGCAGAAAAGCACAUCAAAAGCUAAAUGACCGCAUAACCAACAUGCAAAGGCCUAUAUGUUUUAAGCUUUUAAUGUGACAUGGAUCGGAUGUGCCCCUUUUGAGACAUCUUCUACUUUCAGAGUGAUUUAUGCUUACUCUUACCUAUUAACAUCUUAUAUAAUGACUUCAGAAGAAAGGUCGGAAAACAAUAUUAAACUUGAUCAUUACUUUUCAUGAACACCAACUGGCCAGCCUACUCAAGACUGCUUCUGGUCAGUACACUUGUUUUUUAAUAGAAAAGAACCAUAAGGGCUAGAAUGGAACUUCAGGAAGUACUCCCAGACCUAUGGACAUCAAGGAUGGAGGCCAAAAACUCCUGGUGCCUCAAAGGUGACCAAUAUGUGAACUUUUAAAAGGACGUUAUUGAUCGGGAGAUGUUUCUAGAAAACAUUAAAAUUUAUCCCAUUUAAAAAAAAAUAAAAAAAAUGUGGUGCCUUUUUUUAAUCAUAUUAAGUAUCUGUAUAUUUCUAUUAGAAGAUGAUGAUGUUUUGCUGC